UGCACUUACUAUUUCAAUUAUGUUUACAUUGUAAUUGAUCUUGCAUGAAUAUCUAUAUAAAUAUUUAAUAUAAAGAUUAUUAAACUCAUUAUUAUAUAAAAUCAAACUUAUGUUAGUUAAAACUCGACGGUAUACACCCAUUCAAUGAGGAAUGACCAAAUUAACGGUGGAUGAUUGAUGGCUUUUCUUGCAUUAACAAACCCCUCCGUUUUUAAUGCUUUUUAUUGUUCCUGUUUUACCUUCCUCCAUUGAUGGUCUUCAUCACAAUUACCAUCCUGCUCCACCGCCAUCCAAGAAACUAAGAAGGCCAGCACCAUACCACCGCCUUGCAUCAAUUUUCACCUCCUUCUUCAAUGGAGGAAAGGAAAGGAGAUCCUAGAAUUUAUUUUCUUUCUGCCUUUUUCUUUUCUUGUAUUGUUUCUGGUGGAGUUCUUCUUGGUCUUUACAUUUUUCUUCCACUAGAUCAAACCCAACCCUGGUAUCCCUUUGCAGGGUUGAUUCUUGAAGCCAUUCCGUGGAUUUUUUGGUUUUCCACCUACAUAUAUAGAUGUAUCAAACCACAAUAUAUCCCAUCCCAACCCUUCAAAUCCGUUCCAAGAUCCAAGUCUGGCGACGUUGAGGCUUCUGCAACUGCACCAACAAAUCCAUCAUCCCAUUUAAAUUCCCAGAUGAAUUCAACUAAUGAUGUUGAACAAUCCGCUAAUGAGCAUUCCACGAAUGAAGGUGGACGCCAUGUACAUUUUGGAGGUGUUAAUGUAAUUAGAGAAUAUAAUGAUGAUAAUCAGGACAAUAAUAGCAGUAACGAUGAGCAAGAUGGACAUGAAGGUUCAGAAGCCGAGCACGGAGGUAGCACCUCACCAUCACAGGAAAGAGAGAAGACGGUUGAUUCAAGGGAAAGUGAAAUACCUUUAACUAGCUCUGCUGGCUUAUCUUGAUACAAAAUAUGUGAAGGUGAUAAUAUGAACAAUAUUAAAGUUCUCAUGGAGCCAUUGAUUGUUUUUGUAUCGAGAAAAUAGACGCAUUGAGAGAAAGAAACGGCGUAAAAGAGUGCUGGAAACUUUCUUGCAAGGUAAAAGGGGGUGGCUUAAAUAUGCUCUAAGACACGCAGAUGGGGAAGAAGAUUUGAAUUAGCAGAAGACUGGCAGAGAUUUUCUUGGAUGUAGCUUGUAACCAUUCUGAAAUCUUUCUCUUUAUUUUUUUUUUUCACCCUUUUUUAAGUUGCUGGAGGCUAGAGCCCUGUAUGACAACUAGAAAUGGGAAAAUGAGAAGUAUGAGUAAUUUGUAUGCCUUUAUUUGUC